UGGCAGUCUUUGAAUGCUCUACUAAUAUUGAAUAUAGAUAGCUGGGACAUGACCCCCUGCUUCCCUUAACCAAAAUGUAUGAAUAGAAAUAAAAUAUUAUAACUAUAAACAGAUUUGAGUCCUCGAAUAAAGAGAACUCAUUACUUGUUGGUUGGAAAUUGCGAUAUACCUGAUUAGGAUCUUGAUAGUGAGCAUCUGAAUCUACAUCAUAUGACAAAUGUAGGCAUAAGAAGUAUGUGAUCAAUACUUUGAAUACACUGAGCAUGUGAGAUAUGCACAAUGUUCUAAUAAGUUAAGCAUGGUGAACUUGAGAUGGUAAACUGAACGUGGAACUAAUACAUAAAAGCUCAUGCAAUGACCAAGAAAUAAACAUGUAAAUGAUCAAUACUAUACUGAAUAAAUUAAAAACGGGUUCAUGCAAUAUAGAGAUACUAAUAACCGAUGUACUUUGUCUGAGCUAGAUAAAGUCCAACAUGUACCCCAAUUGGAAGGACGCUUGUACCUUACCAAGUGUACAAACACUGACUGACAUAGAUUCACUAAAUUGAUGUCCAAAAGGACUAAUGGUGUCAAGUCUGAUUUGACGGGUGACCCUUUUGUAACUACGAUGACACGUAGUUCUGGACUUAGGAUUUGCUACUAAAGGUCUCAAACUAACUGAUGGAUGAGUCUUCAUCCCUGCAUCCGCUUGGUAGUAAGUAAUAUUCAAUAGCUAAAUAAUACUCUUUAAACAUGUGGAACUGAAAGACUGAGUAUAAAACUAUAAAUUUAUGGAAUACUAGGGGAUUGGCUAUUCAUAACCCACCACUCCAAAAAGUACAACUAAUCAUGAGAAUUUAUAUAUUAUGAACGGAAUAUGCAAAUAAAUAGCACAAGUCCAAAGGCAUGAAUUUCUAUAUUCUCAGAGUUCAUGAAAUAUACCUAUACAAAGAUACUAACUACAUGGGAAAACAUGUAUUCAUAGACUAUCCAUGAGAAGGAACUGAAAUAUAAGUGGGAGGAACAUACCUUGGUGUCGAAGAUGAAGGAGAGGAGAGAAUUUAAGAGAAAAUAAGCCCAACUUAAUAUAGAUAUUUUUCAAAAAGAAAUUCUACUGACCAACUUAAUAUUGGAAAUCAUUUUUCAAGAAAAUAGUAUUCAGAAAAUAAUUAAUUUUUAGAAAAAUAUUUUCUGCGGUACCAAAUACAGUGGAUCUUAAAUCUACUCAUCUAUGAAGUCCCUAUACAAAAACAAAACUGAGUUUCUAGGAAAUUGCUUUUGUAGGGGACCAAGUCUUUGUUUACAACUAUUAUUGCUUUUAUGAAGUCAACUCCUUUGAUUUGUGAUUUGAGUUCACAUACUUGUUUCUAAAUAUGUUUUGUUUUCUUGGUAUGUAACCAAAGCUUUAGGAAAGAAGAAUUAGUUUGUGUUGUAAAACAAGACUUAGAUUGUUUGUUUUUCAUUUGGAAAACUAUGGGUUCCAGUCAUGGAAAAUCUUCAACUAUCAGGGAUCAAUCAGUUGAAGGCACAGUAUCCUCAGAUGUAGUUGAGACAUUUGUGGCAGAAGAGAAGGAAGAAAUCCUUCACACCAGGAGACAAAAACCGAAUCCAAGACUCAGCAGAGGAGUACCAAAAGGGAUAGAAGGUGAACUAGUUGUUGCUGGAUGGCCUAACUGGCUUGUUUCAGUUGCAGGUGAUGCUUUGAAUGGAUGGCUUCCAAGAAGAGCUGAUACAUUUGAGAAAAUAGAUAAAAUUGGUCAGGGAACUUACAGUAAUGUCUACAAGGGUCGCGAUCGUUUGCUCAAUAAGGUUGUUGCUCUGAAGAAGGUUCGCUUUGACAAUCUUGAUCCUGAGAGUGUCAAGUUUAUGGCAAGAGAGAUCAUUCUAUUGAGAAGGCUUGGUGAUCACCCGAAUGUUAUCAAAUUGGAAGGUGUAGUCACCUCAAAAAUGUCCUAUAGUUUGUACCUUGUUUUUGAUUGCAUGGAAUAUGAUCUCAAGGGAAUUCAAGAACAGAAAGGUGUCAAGUUAUCUGAACCUGAGAUCAAAUGUUACAUGAACCAGCUGCUUAAAGGGCUUGAUCACUGCCAUAGCCGUGGUAUCUUGCAUCGAGAUGUAAAGACUUCUAACCUGUUAGUUAAUAAAGAUGGUAUCUUGAAAAUUGCAGAUUUUGGGCUGUCAACAUUUUUUGAUCCAGAACAAAGCAUCCCCUUAACUAGCCGGAUUGUAACUCUCUUCUAUAGGCCACCGGAACUUUUGCUUGGAUCAAAUUAUUAUGGAGUUGGAGUUGAUUUAUGGGGUGUUGGUUGUGUACUUGGUGAACUAUUUACUGGCAAGCCAAUUAUGCCUGGUAGAACUGAAGUAGAGCAACUGCAUAAAAUCUUCAAGCUCUGUGGUUCUCCAUCUGAUGAUUUUUGGAAAAAAUCCAAAUUGCCCAAUGCAGUAAUGUUCCAGCCAAUAGAGCCUUAUAGACGGAUUCUUCACACGACCUUUCAUGAUCUUCCUGCAGCUGCUGUAGGACUAAUGGACACCUUACUUUCCAUAAAAGCUGAAUAUAGAGGGACUGCAGCUCUUGCUCUUCAGAAUGAGUUUUUCACAACAGAACCAUUUGCUUGUGAUCCCUCAAGUUUGCCACAAUGCCCCCCCAGAAAAGAGAUCGAUGCAAAAAAGACUGAAAUCGAGGGGAGUAGGGUCCGGAGUUAUGCACGAGAUAAAAGUGUAAGGGCAGUUCCAGCACCUGAAGCUAAUGCAGAAUUAAAGAGUAACAUAGACAGAAGACAACUCAUUGCCCAUUCAGAAACCUGGAAUAGGCUUGAAAAAACAAACGAAUAUGUCUCAGGAUGUGUUAUAAAUGAAGGAACAAACUCUUCUACAUUUUUUCAGGUGUCCAGCAGAAAAGAGGGCUCAGAGAAUUAUACUCAGAGAGAGAUAAGGAAAGAACCAAUUCAUGAUAUCAAAGGAAAGAAAAAGUGGUCAGGUCCAUUACCUGUUCCAUCAGAUAAAAUGCAUGAAUCAGAAGGCCUUGACUUGGUGGAAGACGAUCAAUAUUUUGGUCCACUUCCAUCUGCAUCAAAACCAAUCGAUGUGGAUAAAAUAAUUAGAGAGCAUGACCGACAGAUCCAAGAAUCUGUUGAACGUGCCAAGCAACAGAAGAAACUAGCUAAAGCUCGGUAUUGAGGUAUGAAAACAACAAUGAAAAACCAAUAUUAGCUGCUUGGAUAUUCACAGGUUGUCAAUCAGUACUAUGUGACCUUUUGUGCCUCAUAUUGUCUCUUAGAUGCACUGAAGCAAAUGUAUAAGUGUAUCU